AUGUCACUUGGGGCAACACGUCGACGUCGUCCCUCUCAGGAGAAGCCUCAGCAAGACAGCCUUCCGAAUAAUGCAGCCGUGGAUGAGAUGACGUGGUUUCAGGUAAGAAGAAGAAGAUUACGUAUAGUGUCUCCUCCUCCGCUCUUGCCCUGUGGGGGAGGCGUCGAGGGCAUUGCAGUGGGGAAGAAGUCGAGGUCGAGGGCAUUGCAUUGGUGGAACGGGAGUAGUGAGUCGUCAGUUGCAGGAGCUCACUUGAGUCUUUAGGGUCAUCUACUUUAGUGUCGCUCUGCCGUGGAAACCGAGGGCGAGACUGCUGGGACGACAGGUGGCAAGACUUCUGGCUGGCCUUGA